GUGAAUUAUAUCUAUAGAUUUCUAUCUCUCUAUUAGUAUUACAAUGCACGAUUUACGUAGAUUGAAGCGUUUUCUUUAUAUCAAGUUUUGCUCUAUAAAAGAAAUCAAAGCUAGAUUGGGAGAUUUGUUCUUAUGGUUAUGUGGUGGCUGCCUAGCUUUUGGCUAUUUGCUUGGAAGAAGGCGCAUGUUUCGUAUCUUAACAGUUAAACGAUGAGCAUGAAGAAGAGGGCGAAUUUAGGUACAAUAUGGGACUCGCUUUUAUCGCUGAGUCUACUUUUUAUAUUCCUUUGUACAAUCAUCAAUCCGUAUAUACGUAAAUAAAUAUGCUAUAAUUUACAGGCUUUCAAGGAACUUCUUGGCGGCCUCGAGGACAGUUAUCUUGCCCAGGGUGGCAAUGUCGUUGCCGCUGCCGAGCAGUCCCUUGAGCUUCUUAAUCUCGUCAACAACCAUGUUCAGGAAACGCUGGCCACACUUGGUGCCAGUGAUAAACACUUGCUUCAGCGCCGCGGCACCAAUCAGGUCGGUGUUGAUGGUAAUGACGAGCUGCACGUUAUCCCACAGUCCGAGGCUGCACACGCCCGAGUCGACAUAGCACACGGGGUGAGAAUCAAAGGCCUGCGUCUUGAUGCUGUCGCAGGUAGAGUCGCAGCUUGACAGAGGGCCAACGAGGAAUUUUUGCAGGCAGGUCAGGACUCUGAAGAUCCAAGCCUGGCCAUCAGUAGUAAACUGGUCCAGACGGUUCAUGAACUUCUGGCAGUUCUUCAAGCCGUAGCCAAUUGGGUAUCCGUUAGGGCCGCAGUGCCAGGCAGCCUCAGCGCAAGAUGCAUAGAAGCCGCAGUCACGGUCAGGCUUCUGGCACUCGGUCUUGCACAUGACGUCAGGGUGGCAAGCAGUGCAUGUCGACGUCGCGGGGGUCUCAGCCGCUCUGCUGACCAAGGACCAGCUAUCACGCUCAACAUUGGGCGAGGACUGCAGGGUGGCGAUGUUGAAGCUCUGCAGGAGCUGCUUGCCUGUGGAGUCGAACGCGGCGACAGUUACAAUCUGGUUGGCGCCAAUACCCUUGGGGAGCGUAAUCGCAUCGGCAGAGAUGGUGGUGUUUUCGACAAUAUCACCCAGAGAGUGGGAAGACUGGUGGUCGAAGGCAAAGACGGCGUGGCGGGUUGUGUCGAGGGUUCCGCAAGACGGCUUAAUAACGAGAGGUACCGCGGCCGAGUCGAGAACUAGCGUUGGCGAGCACGCCGCAGCGGCUUGUCCAGCGAAAAGAACGGCUGAGAAUUUCAUCUUGAUUGCUGUUGUUUCGAAUUGACUGGUUUGUCGCUGAGAAACAAAAAAAUGCCCUCCUGGACAGGAGAAAAGAGGGACAAAGCAGUACUUUAUUGAAAAAAGUUGAAUUAUCUAAACGAGCAAACGCGAAAGCCAAGCCAAGCCACAUGUAAGCAGCGUAGUGUUCGGGAUAUCCGCGCCACUCACGGCGGAGAGCUACCGAUUUUGGACUGCGUCCGACGGACGGAGGAAUCGAACGCCGACCGAUCGUCGGUGUUUUUCUUGAACGGCCCGUUUGAGAUGCAGUCGAGGUUCGUGGCGGCUGGUGUCGGAUAUCGGGGUCGGUCGCCCAUCUUUGAAGAGUACCUUUGGUGGUCCUUUCAAAUGCCUCUGCUGCAAGCUUUCCAUUAGCACGAGGUUCUUCGGCAAAGGCACCUGAACAAACUCUGUCGGUCGCCAUCGCCAAGGUUACAUCAGUUGCACUCACUACUGUGAAUAAAUGUUGAUCAUUGAACUUAAAUCUCUGCUUUGUCGCCUCUUCUGCAUCACCGCUGUCAACCACUAUUUCUCGCCACGGCACUUGAGUGCAUCUGCAUCGGUAGCCUGAUUCUCGUCGAUGACAGCUCGUUUUUAGUGUCCAUUUGUCUUCAUCGGGCAAUUCGGCCGCCCCCAAAAACGCUAGCGACGUCAGGGCUCGGCACCUGUGCAUUAGCUUGCAUCACCCAUCUCCACUGGCCAGGAACGCUGUGGGUGCUGCAAGGCCACUGUAAUAUCGAGUAUGCAUCGACAGCGCGCAAGUAGGCGCCGAAACGCACCACAAAGAUUGUUCAAUGCAUAAUGUUGAUGGAAAACCAAUGUAAAUUCAUCUCAAGUGCAUGAUUCUGUUGUUGUUUCGUAUUCAUUCUCUUUUUGAAAACUAUUUUCUUUUUUUGCCAGCUGGCGCCCGUCACCUGCCAGCUGCCAGCACUGCCCCCCCUUGUCAUUUACCCGCAACAAAUUUCUUCCGCCUACAUUGCAUCACCAGAUUUCUCUUCAACGCAACACAACACAACGUAUUGAUUUCGCUUGCAACACUGCUGUAGCUGGCAAACUCUGUGAGAAUGCGUGCUCUUCGCUUCGGAUCCGACGUGUUUGAUCCCACGCACCGCUUCGAGACCUCGUGGUUCAUCGGCCCGUGGAUCCUCUUUGCCAUUCGCUCCCUGAUAUCCGUAUACGCAUUCACGACUCUCUUCUUCAGUCUGGGAUGGCCCUGCACGCAUCCUGAGGACGGCGGCUGCCAGGCGGCUACCCAGUCCUUCUCCUAUUUUACCGUCCUGACGUAUUGGGGCCUGGCCUUUUACUUUGCUGUCAGCGCUGUGCACACAUUUACGUAUGCGCGCAGCGGCUCAGCUCUUUUGGAUAGAUUCCCGCGGCCACUGCAAGCCCUCCACUCGCUAUACUACACUACCGUGGUGACGCUGCCGUUUCUUGUCACCAUUGUGUACUGGGGCGUGCUUUACAAGGGCUCGUGGUUCAAGCUUGAGUACGACGCUUGGGGUAACAUUAGCAAGCACGGACUCAACAGCGCCUUUGCUCUCUUUGAGCUGGUGGUCCCGCGCACACUGCCGCCGUUUUGGAUUCACAUUCCAUACCUGAUUCUCAUCUUGCUGGGAUACUUGGCCGUGGCAUACAUCACGCUGGCAAGCCAAGGAUGGUAUACCUACAGCUUCCUCGACCACGAUGCUGUCCAUGGAAGAGGCUAUGUGGCGGCGUACAUUUUUGGUAUCGCGGUUGGCAUCAUUAUCAUCUUUAUCGUCGUUUGGUGCUUGAUUAAGCUCCGAGUCUGGGCUACCGAGACAAAGGGCCACAUGAUGGGCAAGUUUGCGGCAGAGAGACAGCCAAGCGCUGAUGAGGAGGCGCAGAGAAAGGAGUCUGCUAACACAGACGAAGGUAUCCGGGCUUCUGCUUAGAGUUCUCACCUAUUUAGAAUGACAAGGGCGCGUGUGACAGAAUAUGACAGGAUGACGCAAGAAUGUGUGCCAGGUUGGAAUUUAUUGCUGUUGGAUAUACCACGAUAACGCUGUCUAUAAUAUAUGAUUUAUACUUUUUAGCCAGAUACCAGACUGCUAUACCUGAGCUUUGGAUACGGUUUUGGAUACUCUCCAUUUUCGUCCGUCACCCAGAGCGGAUAGCACGGGUCCUAUUCUUGAUUAGUCUCUAGUAGCUUCACAACCGGUACUUUGCCAUGGAAUACAGCUAAAGUAUUCGACAAAGCAAUUAACAGCAAGAGCUUACAUCUUCAAAGAAAGGCAUCUUCGAGCCUACUUCCUGCCACUCUCUCCACCACAGGGAGUCAUGCAAAUGUCGCCGGCGGCACCAUGCACACCUCGGUAUUGUAUCCUCAGGCACGGUAACACCACAUUCGCACCAAAACUAGGAAAUAUGUCAAAUUAGUAAAAUUAGUAAAAUACGGGGUGUGACGGCAUGUAUUUGGCUCUAGUGGUCAACUUACAAAUCUCAUGAAUUGAUAGUCUGUCAGAUAUUUUGAGACGGGCACAUCGUUCUCAUCGAAGCCACUGUCAGGAAGCUUAUUUUUAAGCUUUGUGUGCCUUUUGUAGUAAUUACGACUGGCAUCACGCUCAAUCCAAUGACACUUGGAGCAUAUCCAACGCCGAUGUAUGUCACAGUCACAGAGGUCACUGAGGAAUUUGCCAGCCAGUUCUGUUUCCUCUCUGUCGUCGCAGAUUCUACACAAACACAUAACAGCGGUUGAUGUAUCCGCUAUAUUCAAAUGGGGACGUCGUGAGGAAUAUAGAGGCUGAGCGCGGGGGUAGUAGCGACAUUCCUCGCAAAUGUUGAUGUCACACUUCAGACAAGGAAGGGUGUCGUCUACCCGGCACUGACGUUGCCAAAGCUGUACUUCGAUUUCUUCGUCUUGCUUGAUACUACGACCAUUUUGGCUCCAUUUGUAACCAUAUCGAGAAUCAUGAAUUCGAUAGAAACCUGUAAGAUUCUUGCGGUCUGAGAGCCCGUGUCCAUCACAGAGACAGACUCGCCGCAACUUAUGCCAGACAGAUUCGGAUGCACGUAUCUCGCUGUAGAAUGCCUUACAUGUAAGGCUAAGAUGAAAGAGGUCGAUUGUGGAUAGCUGGGAAGCGAGGGAACCCAAUAUCGGGUAAUUUGAUAUAAGAAAGGCGAGCUGUUCGCUACUUAUCACAGCGUCCUUGGGUUGGCACAUCCUAGGGAACUGAAGUCGGUGCUAACUGGCGGUAUGCGGAAUGUAGGAACAAUACAAAUCAGAAGUAAUAGUUUAUUGGCCGGCUGCAAGAUUGAAGAUAAUAUGAUAUGUGUCCUUGCACAGAUCCGAUCCGAUGGCGCAUCCAGAUGCACAGACACAGUGCUAUGUUUUGAGUCACCGUCGUGAAUAAUUCGGGUCACAAUAUCACGUGCGACCACCAAAUAUGCAGUAGGCAGGCUUUUAAACGAUGGAUAUUUUUCGAAUCAUCCUACAGCCUCGUUCUAACAAAGUGGAUUGCGAGCGCCCUUGUGCUGACAGGGACGUUGCCUUGUCACGCCAAGAUUCAAUACCCGCCAAGGCGCAGAGAAUUGAUUAGAGGCUCCUUUGAUUGUCAUAUUCUUAAGAAUUGCCAAAGAGGACGUUAUCAUCCAACAGCAGAUGAAAUGAACCAUAAAUAUAUAGCAACAGACCAAUUUAUUUGAAUAAUUAACAGUAUAUGCUUUGAUACUUAAAUUUGUGUCAUUUCUGAAGGGUGAUAAAGCCGAAUUGAUAUCUCGUUCAUUCGACGUAGUAGCAAGCAGUAAAAUAGAAUCAAAAUAGAAUUUUAUUUGUAGCCAUGUUCUAAGUACUGCAAAAAGCGACCUGCUCGGCUGUGUACUAUUGUUGUUGCUCUUUCAACUCUUCUGUCCAUCACAGCGCCAUCUGCCAAGAUACCCGCUGUUCCUGCAGCUGCGCACAAGGUUAGCAAUAUUUCAUCACUAUAUAGGAAACUGGCUUACCAUUUUGAUCACACUCAGUGGCAGGAAGUUUCUUUCUGCGAUUUGAAGGCGACCGAAUCUCUCCAUCAGCUCGUCAUGAUGUGUUAUGACUGUCCAUUUCAAAUCCGGGCUCCAUGAAUCGGGAUAGGCUGCCAAAUCUCCAUCCAUUCCCUUGGCUAUGACGUUCCUGAUCUCCUCAUCAAGGUUGAGAGCUGGAGCGAUUCUCCUUCGCAAAGUACGCUUUACCCUGCCUAGUUCGCCAUGGCAAGCCUCACGGUAGCUGAUCCAAUCUUCAAAUGUCAUAAACUCAUUCGGAUCGGGUCUGUCGUCAGCGUUGUCCUCGUCAUCCUCGUCCCUGGGGAACAUCCUGUCUAGUCUCUGGCGACGAACAACGGGCUUCUCAGCCAUGAAGCUAUCCUUUAGCUCAUUAUAGGUAGCCUCGUCAUUGGAGAGGUAAUCGUCCAUCAAAUUGCUGGGUCCCUUGUCGCUUGCAUGGCACAGAUGCAGAAACGGCCCAAAAGGGUUCGUCACACCCAGGCCACCAAGAUGCUCAGGCAGCGCCAGGAACCCGUCGGGUAUGUCGUCUUUCGGUAUACCGUGGCGCUUAGAAAUCAUAAUCUUCAGAUGAUCCAUGUAGUUCUGACCUUGCAAGCCGCCGUCAUCGGCAAACAAAAUGCUUUGGAUGUGGCGAUGCGUCUCUAGGAUCUCUUCGACGUGAGCUUCACCAAACACGUUGGCGGGCUCGCCAAACGACUUGACAAAGAAGCGCCCGAUACAGCUAUUCCAAGUCUGAAUCCAAGAGAAUACCGAAUCGCAUUGCUUGAGCUGCUUCAAGAGCUGGUACGCGUGCUCGUCGACAGCAGGGCGAUCAACCUCCCACUCGGCGUCCUUGUUUAGCUUUAAGAAGCCGAUGCUAACCUUUCCAUCUGGCAGGAUGGCCUCGAUAUUGGGAUCCCUCUGGUCCGAGGCCGCAAAGUACACAGAUCCCGUCUUCUUGGCGUUAAACUGCAGGCCCAUCAGGGCAGCGAAUCGCUGCAUUGUCUGCCACGCCUUGGCAACCUUCUCUGGCUCGCCCCAAAGAAACAGGUCAUCGUGAAGGCGGUACAACAGCACGCCAUCAGCCUCUUUGUUGACCGCAAGAUCCAUAAAGGCGAGGACGAGCUCGCCGAAGAAGAGCGAGAGGGAGUGUGCCAUCGGGAUGCCGCGUUCACGCUCGCGAACCCCCUUCCCGUCACCCAUAUUCAACGGGGCCCUGAGAAACUUUAGCAGAAACGCAAUCCAUUUGUCGGGCACGGCGGCGAACUCGAGAAGAGCAACCAGCGUCGUGUGUGGCAAGGCGGUUCCAAACCACUGCAGGUCGGAUUGGAUGGCCGCUACUUGGCCGUGAAGCUUCUUGGCUACGAGGACAUCAGUGGCCAUCUCGUGCAGGAGCUUCUGUCGUGUUCCGGUGGCCGACAUGUUUUGGUUUUCCCUUUCGCCGUCGUCAUCUUCCCCAUCAGAACCGCUGUAGUCGUCAUCGCUAUCAUCGUCAUCAUAAUCUGUGUGAUGGUCAGUACCGUCUUCUUCGCCGCAUCCCGUUUGUUCGCUUACCAGCUAAUUUUCUCUCGUCUGUCCGAGGCAGUUGCAUCAAGUGAAACAAUCCGAAAUAUCGAUUCCUGCGAGUCGACUGCGACGUCACAGUUUCGGCGCGUCGGCGAGGGCAGUAAAACUUGAGCCUGUCGAUAGCGUCUUGGUUCUUUGGAUUCAGCUCAGUCCAUACAUUGGUGUCGUUGAAACAAGCACUGAGCCUUUGGCGCAGCUCCACAGACCACAUUAUACCGAUAUGGUGCAAGAAGAUGGCCUGGAGAAUUUCUUCGUCUGCCAUUACUCUAUACCUGCUUUUUGUUAGCUGCGGAUUGAAUUGGACAGGAGAAAUCUUCAUACUUUCCGUUGAGCUGUUGCCGGGGCUCAACAGGCAAACCCUCGGGACCAGCCUCCCACGACCAAUUUUCCAUGUCGGCCCAGCGCAUAUUGAGCACAUCAGCAAUCUCAGUAAGGACGUCUUCAUCUUUCAUGAAGCCCCGGAGGACAGCCUUUUUGUCAUCAGACAACAGUAUAUCGCUUAGUACACCCUGCAUGAGAGCCUUGAGUUUCGUUAAUGUGAAUGGGCUACCCGUUGCGAACUGCUUAUUUCCAAAGGCAUACAAGUGUCCGCGCGCCCAGUCCCACUGCGACUUGGCCUCUUUGCUUGGAAACAGGGUGCGCACAUAACUCAGUAUGUCCUCGUGGCUUCCAUUACCCGUUGGCUCCGAGAAGACGACAUCUGCAAACUGCUCGCGCAACCGCUGCAGUCUAUCCUUUUGUAGGAUUUCAAAAUCGUCCGUCUCCAGAAGGUCCGCAGCCUUUACAGUGAUGGGGUCAGGCAACGUCUGGACCUGGCUUUGGGAGAUCCAGUCAGUAAGCAAAUCGCAGUAGAGCCGAGCAAAUCGAAAACGCUCCUUCUGCUGCGCUUCCAUUCGCUUGAAGAGGUUGACGCGAGCUCGCAAAACUGAAGGACUCAAGCUGGCGUCGAAGCGCGACUGCUUCGCCCAUGAGCUGAGAUACGCUUUGCUAAGCUGUCCUUUGCUGAAGGAUGGAUGGGAUGAAUUGAGCCCCAUUUCGACGGCAUCUAACCUGUCUGCCUGGUUGUUAUCAUCGAACGCUUCGAUCGCGGCCAUUGUCUCUCGAAGCCACGCAUCGUGGGCUUGUUGCACUCUGGUGAGCUGGGAGAUUUUAGUCUUGGUGAUGGACUGCAGUGCUGCAGAUAAUAGCGAGUCUGGUGAAGUAGCCAUGAUUGCAUUUGAAUUUGGAUGUUGUGCUAUGACAACAGAGAAAGAUCUGUGUGCUGGUCUCCGCCUAUUUAUACGUGAUCAUAGCUGUAGCUGGACUUUGACGAUUGACUCAUUGAAUGUCCAGUAAAGGCGUACAUUAUUUUGAACACGUUGCUUCGCCAUGGAUUAGUUUCUUCCAUAAUAUUCCAUGAAAGUGGUUGUACUUCGCAUAUACGACUUCGAGCUUCGACAUGAUUCUAUGCGAGCGAGGCUGCCGCACACCACUACAGGGAUCAAGUGUCGGGUCGCUGCCUGAAGGGCG